GUUUUUAAUUAAAUAUUUGUUGAGAAUAAGUUUUGACCAUUUCCUUUAUUUUAUAGUGUUUUCAUUGCUUUGUAGUAAUAAAAUUGACUUUGCUAACUAUGGAAAUGCAAAACGAAGAUGGCAAAAGGAAAACCAACAAAAAAGACAGCGACGAAGGAAAAGAUAUGCUUGAUAGAGAAGAAUAUACGUUACGAAAGCGUCUGCCUCCAAGAUUACCGAAGAGAAAAAACGAUGUUUACAUCAGUAGACGAGUACAUUUUCAAGCACAGUUAAAACGUUGUCAAAAACUUUUAGACAGUGGUAAUGAAGUGUACAUACACGGACUUGGUGCAGCAAUAAACAGGGCUAUAAAUGUGGCACUUCAGCUAAAGGAGAAUGGACGAGGAACGGUUGAGGUUUCCGCUUACACAUCCACUGUGGAUUUGGCGGAUGAUCUGGAGCCAGAUAAUGAUGACGAUGAACCAGAGGUCUCACACAGGAACAAUUCAGCUGUACAUAUUAAAGUUUAUAGGCCAGAUCUGCCUAGUACUGCUAAAUCAAAAGAUGGACAAUAACGUAUGCCUGUAUUAUGUAUAAUUCAGUAUUAAAAUAACUAAUUAAAAA